AUGAACUCUCUCGAUACUCUUUGGACCAGCAAAUGGGUUCUUUCUGUCCAGGUAGCCGUGAGCAGAAACAUAGACAGCUUCCUUUCCAUCAAGGAACUUUUUGAAUUCCUCAGAAAGCUUAUCGUAAGCUGCGUAUCCAGAGGCCCAGUUAGUGUCGCCACCGGUUUCUGGGAUGGCAUCCAAGUGCAAGUGGGUGUAUCCAGCUGGACGCUUCUCGUGGGUCAAGUCCGUGUGCCAGACUUGAGUUCCUUGAACCUUGUGCUUGACUGGAUCCCAGUUACGAGCAUUGUUGUUCUUGAAAGUCAAGUUCAAACCGAAAGACUUGCGGAAGUAGUCCAACCAGAUGACCGAAAUGCCAGGAAGUCCGUUGACAUAGGAGGCUUGAGGGUGUUCUUCAACACGGCCCCAAUAAGCACCAAUCUCUCUUUGCUUUUGAGGGGAAAGUUUCUGGUCUCUGAAGAAAACCACAACUCUUUCAGCAACCAACAGAGCAAGCUCGUCUCUUUGCUGAUCAGUCAAGUCGCUCAAUUGAAGACCAACAAUCUCGGUACCAAUAUGUUUGGUCAGGUUGAUCACUUCAGUUGCAGCACCCAGCAACGCCUUCUUUUCUGGGUCUACAUUCUUUGCUCUGUCAACGUAUUCGUAAUCAUCGUCACGGAUGGCGGCAGCCUCGUCAACAAAGACAGGAAUCAAAGACUUGUCUGGUCUGGAUGGAUACCCCUGAGAGAUGUCGAUGCCAGCAUCGGUCAAUCUCUUACGGGUACUUUCAGGAAGAAUUGGCAACCCAUCUGGAUCAGGGCCGAAAUGCUGCGUAUCCUGUUCGGAAUAGCCAACACUUAA